CAUACUAACACACCAUCACCCUCAUCUUAGCGAGCUAGCUCUUUAAUUAGCAGAUUAAGCAGCAGCAGCAAGAACUGAUUACCAAGAGCUGCGCGCUAAUGGCUGCACACACAAUUAAGCUCGCCGUCGCGGUGACUUGCACGCUGCUCCUUGCAGCCGCGUGCAGUGGCUUGGAGGUUGGCUACUACAAGAAGUCGUGCCCCCGCGUUGAGACCAUCGUGAGGGAGGAGGUGAAGAAGUUCGUCUACAAGAACGCCGGCAUCGGCGCCGGCCUCAUCCGCUUGCUCUUCCAUGACUGCUUCGUCGAGGGAUGUGAUGGCUCGGUGCUCCUGGACCCAACUCCGGCGAACCCAGCCCCGGAGAAGCUGAGCCCGCCCAACUUCCCCAGCCUCCGCGGCUUCGAGGUGAUCGACGCCGCCAAGGACGCCGUCGAGAAGGCCUGCCCGGGCGUCGUCUCCUGCGCCGACAUCGUCGCCUUCGCCGCCCGCGACGCCGCCUACUUCCUCAGCAGGAUGAGGGUCAAGAUCAACAUGCCGGCGGGCCGCUUCGACGGCCGCCACUCCAACUCCUCCGACGCCCUCGACAACCUCCCCCCGCCCUUCUUCAACGUCACCGAGCUCGUCGACAUCUUCGCCACCAAGGGCCUCGACGCCGAGGACAUGGUGGUGCUCUCCGGCGCCCACACCGUCGGCCGCUCCCACUGCUCCUCCUUCGUCCCCGACCGCCUCGCCGUCGCCUCCGACAUCGACGGCGGCUUCGCCGGGCUCCUCAGGAGGAGGUGCCCCGCCAACCCGACCACGGCGCACGACCCCACCGUGAACCAGGAUGUCGUCACCCCCAACGCGUUCGACAACCAGUACUACAAGAACGUCAUUGCCCACAAGGUGCUCUUCACGUCGGACGCGGCGCUGCUGACCUCGCCGGCGACGGCGAAGAUGGUGUCGGACAACGCCAACAUCCCCGGGUGGUGGGAGGACAGGUUCAAGAAGGCGUUCGUCAAGAUGGCCGCCGUCGACGUCAAAAACGGCUACCAGGGCGAGAUCAGGAAGAACUGCAGGGUGGUCAACUAAUUAAAAUGAUGAUUCAGAAGUAUCAGAAUUCAGAACAACUUUAACUUUUUGUUCAAUCGGAUGCAACCAUCCACAUUAUUGCUUGUUUUGAUUUAUGGGACUUGGGUUUUAUCUUCUAGAAAUGGUGUGGUUAGUGGGGAUUGAUUAUGCGGUGGAAUAAUUUCUUACCGUUUUGUUGUUUCGAUUUGUUGAUUUAUUUUGCUGUGGUUCUACGUGUGGCUUGUACGAUCAUUUCAUGUUUCUGAUGAAUAAAACUGUGAGCAGUACUACUAUAUUUUGUUUGUUGA